CUUCCAUCCAGUAAAAAAUCGUCAAUUUACAAUUUUGAAUAUUUUUCCCGAGUCUUUCUGUAGACGAUAAACUGGGAGGAUUCAACUGAAGAAAUUGUCGAGCCAAUGCGGCUCUGUAUAACAAUAACGCCGCGGUUCUUUCUAAGAACCAGACUCGCAACCCAUCCCGUCUUUGGCUCGUCGCAAUUUUCAUUACAGUCCCCUGCCUUCACCAAUUGCCACACUCAGUUAUCCGAAGUUGGAAGAGGUAUACGUCUUCAACAUAAAUUUGCUAAGAGCAAAGGCAGAGUUAAGUCUCAGAAGGAUACCACCGAUACUCUGAGCGCUGCCGAGGUGAUACGCAUGAUUCAAGGACCAGACUCGCAAAAAAUGGCUUCAUCAGACGGACAGGUGAAAAUGGGUGACCAACAUCAAGAGUCAAAACCAAACCGCGGGAAAAGGCCAUUCCAUCAUGAAAAUUCUAAGCUGGGGAUAAAAAGAGAAAAUAAGAAGAAGGAGAAAAAGGCUCGGAAGAGCGACAAAGACAUGAAAACCGGCUCCGCAGAGGAAGUCUUAGCUAUUGACGUACAGAAUCUAAUGGAGUCUCUCAACCAAGAUAAUGAUAGAGAGAUAGAAGGAGAGAAUAACACACCAGAGCCAUCAACCGAAAGCUUGCCGGAGGAAGGCUCCGAGAUCGAAGUCGACGUUGUCGAGCUUGCCUCAACAGGAGAGGGCCUAGCUUUACAUAAGGGCUCUAAGCGUGUAUACGUCGUGCCCUUCUCGGUACCAGGCGACACUGUCAAGGUGAGGGUGUACCGCCACCUAAAGGAAGAGGGAUAUACUGUGGCAGAUUUUCUCUCCGUCGUGACGCCGUCAGCCUCCCGCGACGACAGUCGGAUCCAAUGCAAAUACUUCGCCACCUGCUCGGGAUGCCAAUUUCAGAUGCUGGAUUACGCCGAGCAGUUGAAACACAAGAAAAACAUCGUCGAGAAGGCCUUCCGCCACUUCUCCCAACUACCUCCGGAGCUUAUCCCCGCUAUCCAAGACACCAUCGGCAGUCCUCUUCAAUACGGCUACCGAACUAAGCUGACACCGCACUUCGAUGGCCCCCCGGGCUGGAAUAAAAAGAAGGGCUCAAAGAAGGAGCCCUUUAAGAGCUGCCCCCCUAUUGGCUUUAUGCCUAAAGGCAAGCGUAGCCCUUUAGAUAUAGAGGACUGCCCCAUUGGUACUGAUGCUAUACGUCUUGGCAUGAAACGCGAACGUGCGCGUAUGGCCGUCGAGUACGGAAAAUACGUACGGGGAGCUACGCUUCUUCUGCGUGAAAGUACUAAGCGUAUUCCGAAGAAACAGAGCGAAGCCGAAGAGACUUCUUCGCCGAAAGUAGCGAGGGCAAAAUCGCCUUCGCCCCCGCCCCCCGAGGACUCCGUCGUUAGAGUCGAGACAGACUCGUACACGGACCUAAAGACCUGCGUAACAGAUAACAACGGCACAUCAACCGAGUACAUCGGACCCUACGUCUUCCACAACCCAGCUGGCUCCUUCUUCCAGAACAACAACUCUAUCCUCCCCGUCUUCACAGACUACAUCCGGGAGCACAUCCUCCCUCCUUCCUCCCCCCUUUCCCCUGAAAUCAAGUUCCUCAUCGACGCCUAUUCCGGCUCCGGGCUCUUCACCAUAACCCUAUCUUCCCUAUUCAGCGGCGGCAGCGUCGGCAUCGACAUCAGCGAAGCCUCGAUAAAAUAUGCGUCCCGCAACGCCGAGGCAAAUAAUCUCCCGCCUUCGCGUGCGAAAUUCAUCGCCGCCGAUGCCAAAGACUUGUUUACACCCGCCGUGCGCAAGGCAUACCCCGGCGAUCAGACCGUCGUCGUGCUUGACCCCCCGCGCAAGGGUUGCGACCAGGAUUUCCUAAAUCAGUUGUUGCGCUUUGCGCCCCGCCGCGUCGUCUACGUGAGUUGCAACGUGCACACGCAAGCGCGCGAUAUCGGUAUCCUAGUUCGCGGGCUUGAGGGUGCGAGUGGCGCAGAGACGGGGACAGAGAUGGAGACUGAUGUUGGAGAGAGCAAGGGAAGAGGGACGAGGUAUGCGAUUGAAAGCCUGCGCGGGUUUGACUUCUUCCCGCAGACGGGACAUGUUGAGGGUGUUGCUAUUUUGAAUCGGGUAGACGACUAGGUAUUCUAAUAUUAGGCUAUCUGCCUAUGUCCUAAGAAUAUAUUCGACGGAGAUUAUGAGGUUAAACUCCUCAUAUUAAGGAACUGCUGUAUCAUAGAAGGAAUUCUUUAUAGAAGACGUUUACGCGGCGUAGAGUUGAAUAGGGUAAUACUUAUUCAAUAACUAACAUUAGAUAGGAGUUCCAAGUAUUAGAUAACUGACAACCC